UAUUGUCUAUGGCUGCAUCACAUGACCCUUUAUUUUGUCCCCGUGAUCAAAUUGAGAAAAUUCAAAAAUAAUUACGCGCAAUGGCCAAAGUGGAAGUUGAAGUAGACAUCCAUGAAAAUUCUCUUGAUAUAGAUAACAGUGAUGACAAGGAGUUCUUGGGAAUGGUAGAAAGUAGUCCUUUCGGAAGCGGCGACUGUGAAAGGUCCCAGCUAGUUACACAUACGUUUCUUGAUGGUAAUGAAGACGAUAAUAGUUCAUCUUAUAACUUCAGAGAUUUAUCUGGAGCUGUGACAUAUAAAUUGGUACAGAUGACUGGAGAAGAAUCAACAAACAUGGCUUCUGAUUCACCCACACAUGUUAUUCCCAGUGGAGAGUUUUAUGUAAUAAGCAAUCCAGUAGAAGUGUUUGGCACUUCUGCCCAAAAGAAGGUCAUAACCAGGCGACAACCAAUACAAGCUAAAGCUGUGACAGCCAGAAAGCGUGAUGACAAAAGGCGAGCUACUCACAACGAAGUGGAAAGGAGACGAAGAGAUAAAAUAAACAGCUGGAUAACAAAGAUAGCUGCGAUGGUGCCUAACUCAGGCCACCCAGACAGUGCUAGCAAAGGAGGCAUAUUGGCCAAGGCGUGUGAUCACAUAGCUGAGCUUACUGAAAAACAGAAAAAAUUAGAAAAACUAGAGAUUGAUAAUGACAAAUUAGUAUUAGAAGUGCUGAGGCUCAACCAAGAAUUGUCAGAACUGAGGAAAGAAAACUCUUCCAUGAGAUUGCAACUGGCCGACAAUUGUAUCGUCGCAAACUUGCAACAACGAGCAAAAGGACAGAAAUCUUAGGUGAUAAUAAAGACAAUUAAAUUUGGUGCUGAAGCAAUAGUGUUAGUGACAUUGACCAGAACCAGUUUGUGUUGGACUAGUGCAUUGUUUUGUGGCUAUCUACGAAUAGAAUGGUGGGUAUUGCAGUGGAUAACAUUUUCAUAGUUCAUGUAAAAUCAUAGCACUGUAAUUUCAAUAUGAAGUAUGUAGCAUGACUUAAUUGGUCAAAGAUAACAGAUGUGUCUUUUAUGACAUCAUUGUUAUCAGCAAUGUAUCAUGGAUUUAUUUAAAUUAAUAAGAGAAUUGUUACAUUGAUUAUUUUUUAUGUUUAUAGAAAACUUAGAAGUGGAGUUGUUCAAUUUCAAUAUAUUUGUCUACUAAAAGACCUUAUUACUGAUCAGAGAAAAUAGCCAAGUAAGAAUGAAUCUUUAUUGAUAUUUCUUUAAAUGCAUAAAUCCACAAUCUAUUUUUAGUAUAGACAACAUUCAGGUUUUUUACAGGGCAUCUAACCUAACUUAGUCACUAUUUCAUGGAUUAGAGACAUGGUAAAUAUAAUAGAUAUGUUUUAGUGACCAACUAUAAUUCCGUGAAGCGGUUUAAGACUUAAAAGCCUAGAGCUUCUUGUUGUGUUCACUAAUAAAUAUGAACACAAUUAUAUAUACAGCGUUCUUAUAUAUCGUAGGUCGAUUGAAUGUAGGAUUAAAAUUUUAUGCAUUGUCAAUACUUUUCUUUAAUUUAUUUUUCUGAAUCAAUGGUAGGAAUCAUGCUUGUUUGUUUUUAUUUUUGUAAAACGACGAAAUUAAGCCGGGUCCGUUGUGCCAUGUUUUCGUGUUUAAUAAGACUAAUAUCGUAUAAUCUCUAAAUAAUCGAUAAAAAAAAGAAAAACAAAUAAACUGAAAUAAGUUGUAGGAAUGGAUACAUUGGUUCAGUUAGUUAUGUGUGCAUAAAUACGUAUGUGACCAUAAUUGGUGUACUGGAAGUCGCUAACCUAGUGAGAGAUUAAUGUUGCUAGCGUUGUGCAACGAAUCUCCGGAAUGCUAUAUAUCAUUUUAUGUACAAAUACUAGAGGCUCCGCCCGAAUGUCAAGAUUCCUGUUUUAUCUCAAGGAAGUAUUUAAUCGGGAUAAAAAUUAUCUUUUUUUGAAGCCGAUUGAGAAUAGUAUAUUUUCUCACUGGCAGUUGGCAUUAAAAAUGACGCCAAUUUUGCUCGUUACAAUUCGUUUGGCGAGCUAAGGGAAUGUGGGGAUGAGAGGGCGGGGCCUUGCAUACCGGAGAUGCGAUAAUGAAAAUAACCGCGUUGAAAAAGUACUUUUUUGAAAACAAGAAUUAUUUUAACAACAGUUACAAACUCAUAGUUACGCAAUGGUACACUAUAUAUAUUAUUGCUUUCGUCAGUCACUCGGUUAUUCGCGGUAAACGCGACAAGAAGAUUAAUUACUCGUCACAAGUAUAGUUCACUGAGAUAUAUAUUAUUUAAUAUUAUUUAUUCUUUUAUAUAUAUUAUUUAAUCUUAAAACUAAUACUGCUAGAACAGAAGCCACAUGUUAUUCAUCGGAACUAAUUAUUUUAAUGAAAUACAAAUAGGUGCAGCAAACAUUGUUUUGAAACUAUAAAAUUCACCUAGCGGACCCGGCUCUAGGUAAUCAGUAUUUGUUGUAAAAUUAGUUAUAUUUUUAUACUUGUUAUUAAGAUUAUUGUUUUUUUUUUAUUCAUUGAAUUUCUCAUGUCA